GGGGAGUCUGGGAAGAGAAGGCUGUGGGUCUGGGGAAGGGAGAAUAGGAAGCAAGGAGGGAAAGGCAGGUCUCAGCCCAGAGGAAGAGAAGGGAACAAGUGGACUGGGCUGCAGAGAUUCUCAGGGGAGAGAGGGAGCUGGGCAGAGAUGAUGCCACAAGGGUCUCUGGCCUGUCUCCUGCUGGCCCUAUGUCUGGGCAGCGGGGCAGCUAAUCCGCUGCACAGCGGAGGGGAGGGCACAGGGGCAAAUGCUGCCCACGGAAUGGGAGAUGCCAUUAGCCAUGGAAUUGGAGAAGCUGUGGGCCAAGGGGCUAAAGAAGCAGCCAGCUCUGGAAUCCAGGAUGCCCUGGGUCAGGGGCACAGCGAAGGUGGCUACGCACUGAUGGGGGGCAGAGGCGAUGCUUUCGACCACCAGCUUGGGGAAGCAGCGCGAUCUCUGGAGAACGCUGGGAAUGAGAUUGGCAGACGGGCCGAGGAUGUCAUUCGCAGAGGGGUAGACGCUGCCCACAACUCUGGGUCCUGGGGGACAUCUGGAGGUCAUGGCGUGUAUGGCUCUCAAGGUGGUUUUGGAGGCCAGGGCAAUCCUGGUGUUGAAGGGACACCCUGGGCCUCAGGAGGCAACUAUGGAACUAACUCUCUGGGUGGCUCUGUGGGUCAGGGUGGCAGUGGCAGGCCCCUCAACUAUGAAACCAAUGCCCAGGGGGCUGUGGCUCAGCCUGGCUAUGGAGCAGUGAGAGGCAACAACCAGAAUUCAGGGUGUACCAACCCCCCACCUUCUGACUCCCACGAAAGCUCCAGCGACUCUGGGGGAAGCAGCAAUGGCGGCAGUCAUGGUGGCCAAGGCAACCAAGGCAGCAAUGGUCAGGGCAACAGCGGCGGUAACAGCGGCCAAGGCAGCAGUGGCAACAGUGGCAACAACGAGGGCAGUGGUGGCCACAGUGGUAACAGCGGCGGCAACAGCGGUUCUGGGUCCCGGGAAACGUCUAAUUUUGAUGAUGGCUAUUCAGUUUCCAGGGGAACUAGCUCAUCCUCCGGCAGCAGAGGUGGUAGUGGUGGUGGUGGUGGAAACAGACCCGAGUGUAACAACCCAGGGAACGACGUGCGCAUGGCCGGAGGAUCUGGGAGUCAGGAAAGUAAAGAAAGCAGCCAUCUCCUUGGAGGCUCCCAUGACUACCAGGUGAGUCCGGGGCACGGGUCCAGUGGUGGCACUGUACAAAGAGAUGCUGUCAGUGGACUCAACACCAUGAACUCUGAUGCGUCUUCCUUGCCUUUCACCUUGGACAAUUUCUGGGAGAAUUUUAAAUCCAAGAUGGGUUUCAUUAACUGGGAUGCCAUAAACAAGGGUCGCGGCCCGGCUCCGAGCACUCGUGCCUUACUCUACUUCCGCAGACUGUGGGAGAAUUUCAAACGCAACACUCCGUUCUUCAACUGGAAGCAGAUUGAGGGCUCAGAUCUGUCAUCUCUGCAGAAGAGGGCAGGUGGUGCUGACCAGUUUUCUCAGCCGGAAGCAGCAAGACAAGAUCUGUCAGCUGAGUCAGCCAAGAACUACUACAACAACGCCCAGGUGAAUCCUACUUACAACUGGCAAUAUUAUACCAAGACCACCCCCAAGGCGGGAGUCACACCUUCAUCCUCGGCUGCCCGGGCACAACCUGGCCUGCUGAAGUGGCUGAAGUUUUGGUAGGUAAGUGUCAGAGUGGGCCAAGCGAGGCUGAGGGCCUGAGG